AUGGCGGCCAAGAGAUUGAGGAGCGAUUCGAUAUCGCCUCCACGACUGAAACGCACGAGACAGGGCGAUGGCAGUUCGCCGGUGCCGCACGCUCUGACGAUUUAUUCUUGGAAUAUCAAUGGAGUCGGUCCAUUCUUACAGCCAGCAAUCUCUUCCUUCUUUCCGAACCCAAACGAUAAACAAUCACCGUCAGGCAUCAAUGCCAACCUAAGAGACGUGCUCCGAAAGUAUGCUUGGCCCACCAUGUUGCUUCUUCAAGAAGUCAAGAUUCAUCCUCAAGACAUGGCUACUCAGCGGGCGAUUGAGAAGGCCGUCAUGCCCCGCGCCAAGACAUUGCCCGACGAGCCAGCCUACAAGGUCCACUUCUGCUUGCCGAGAGACAAAUUCAACGCGCGCGGCUUCGGUCGGAAGAUAUACGGCGUGUGCACAAUCAUCCGGGAGGACUACUAUGACGAGUGUGUGGAGCGGGUUCGCGACUGCGAAUGGGACGGCGAGGGCCGUGUAUUGAUUUGUGAGACGAGAGCCGUCGGUAAGGUGCCGAAGCUUGCGAUUAUUAAUCUGUAUGCGGUGAAUGGCACGGAGCGACCUUAUCGAGAUUCUGAGACCGGACAGAUCAUUGGCACUAGGCACGAUAGGAAGCUUCAAGUUCACAUGCUGUUACAAGCUGAGUGUCGUGAGCUAGAGGCGGACGGAUUCCGUGUCAUUCUUGCUGGGGACAUGAAUAUAGCUAGAACACCGUUGGAUGGCUAUCCCUCGCUCCGUGAACACCCGCGCCAACACUGCAUCAAUCGAGCAGACUUCGAAGCAAGAUUCUUUGGCACGGGUAGAAGUGCAGAAGACUCCAGCAAAAGUGAGGUCGACCAUGGAUUGGGCAUGAUUGAUAGCUUCCGGCAUUUGUAUCCCCGCAGAACGGGCUACACUCACUAUCCAAGGAUAAGUGGAAAGGCUUUCGGGUCGAGUUGCGAUCGAGUUGAUAUGAUCCUGGUCUCACGGCAACUGAAAAUGUACUUGACGGAGGCUGGAAUGCACGAGACUGCUGCUGAUAGGAGCUCAAGUGAUCAUGUCCCAUUGUUUGCCACUUUGUCAUUCGAAAGAGAUCCAAAUGGUGCUCCUUGA